AUGCUGACUCGGAACGAUCCAGGCCAAUUUUUUUCCAAUCACAAUCGGACGAGCACCGAAUUGCAGCCAAACGGCAUACACAGUUCGGAUGCUGAUUCCGAGAGGUCGCAGCAGCCGAGCAAUGUUCUUGACAAUGGGGCCUUCUCCUCCACGGUAACGUUUGAAAGUGAUCGAUCUGGACUCAGCACAGUCGUUCGCAGUGGGACGGUUCUCACGACGGCUGCAGCGCUCAGAUUGGAACAGUUGCUGGACAAGUUGACAACUGAGCUCGGGAAAAUGUUCGCUUGUGUCACCAAAAUACUCAAACGCAAGGAUCCAGAGUGGAAUACAAACGCCGCGCGUGCAGCCAUCCGCAAGGAGGCGGCAAACCACGCAUCGAAGCGGACUUGGGAUUCCGAAGCAUGUGAAUGGGAAAGUGCUGUGGCCAAGUACGGGCCUGACGUGGAGUACGUGCAGGCAAAUCUUAUCUUGGGGAUCAAGCACUACGAACUCGAUCAGUCCCAGCACCGGUUCAAAGCUCGCAUAGUUGCGCUCGGAGACAAUGUGCGUGACAUCUACGGCCGCCUUGUGGAGGAAGACCAAUUGCACGGUCGACCCAUUACACUUGAGGGAUCGCGGGCGCUGGAUUGCUACGCUGGUUUGCAACCCGACGGCGAUUGUCAGACUGCUGACGCUGAUGGUGCGUACUUGCAUGCUCGACUCAAAGGUCGUCCGAAGGUUAUUUGUUUGCCGAAAGAAUUUCGCACACAAGCAGAGCUGGAGAUGCGAUGUCCAGUUCACCUUUUGUACAUGGCCAUCUACGGGCUCACGCAUUCAAACAGCGACUGGGAAGAUCAUGCUGACGAGCGGUUGUUGCUUAAGCAUUGGCUGCAAGCUCGUGACAUUGAGCGUCCGAUGUUCAAAAAGGAAUACAACGGACACAUUGUGGGCAUGGGCCGUUUUGUGGAUGAUUUCAAGUUGGCGGGGCACAAACCAGUGCUACCACACGCAUGGGCUGAGAUUUUCGAGCGCUUCGAUUUCGCAGACCCACCUCAACCCGUCAGCCGAUUUGUAGGUUCCGAAGAAAUACUGUCACGUGACCAUGCUGAUGUUGCCACGUUUCUUGUCAAGCAGGAUGCUUACAUCGAUACCUUCACGCGGAAGUAUUUGGAUGAGAUUGCGGCCUAA